CAACAACACUGCAACCUGAGACGGGAUAGCCAGCCAGUUGGCUAGCUAAGUAAACCAGCUAAGUUAGCUGCUCUGCUAGCCCCUGUAUAAACCCAACUGUCAAGACUCGGAAUUAUUCCCUUAAGUUGGCGAAAAUGUAACGUGUGAGAAGUUGUUUCGACAAGGGGAGAGGCAAAACUGACUUUUUCAUUCGGCUCCUUCAACUCCUUCCUCCUGUGUGACAUGACAUCGCUGCUUGGUUACAACAGAAGCCAGAGCUCGACAGCAGACGGUUGACAUCUGGUCAGGAUGGCUGCUCAGGUAGAAGUUCAGACGGGGGAGGUCGGGAGGACAGGACGACUUCACCUGAGCCCCCUGACUGACUCCAGCAAUAAGGGCCUGAUUGAGAUCCCCUCUAUAAACCAGUCCCAUAUCAUCACUCCAGAACCUAACAAACCCGUUCCAGGGCCCAAGCCACGGCUCACUCCCAAACCUUUUGCUGUGGAGAGAAACGCCACCAUUAAGCCCAUACUUGCUCCUAAGCCCCAAACCAAGCCCCGGCCAGAGUCCACUCGCCUUUCUGGAUACAAACCAGAGCUUCCAUCAAGUCCCAAACCACAGCAACCAGUUGCCCCCAGCAAACCCAGGCCAGUGUCAACCAACCCCAACCGACCAUCCCCUACCUCCUUUAAAACAUCUAAUAAGUUGAACACUGGACAAACAACCAAGCCAGUGGUCCAGCCGUUUAAACCGGCCCCCCCUCUUGAUCCUGUAGACCCCAGUAAACCCAGUCCUCCUGUAGCAGAGAGGCGGAAACCUGCUUCAUCAAAUUUGGGCUAUUCCAAGAGCCUUAAGCAAUUCCCAGCAGCAGAGUGGUCUGGAACCACUAAAAGUGAAGAUGAGAAGGACCAGAUGUCACCCACUAAGAGUGGGGUCUCUAUUACCAGAGCCAAGUCCAUGGGCUAUCUCGCUCAGGUGGGGCAGGAGGAGGAGGAAAAAGAAAAAGCUAACCCCGAGGCAGCGGUGCCACUGCGGCCGCAGCCCAGAAGUUCCAGGCCUAGACCUGUGUCGGCCAUUUUCCUAGAGAGUCCGACCAAGACAGAGACACCAGUUCCAGCCCCUCGCUGGGCGAGGCGACCACUCUCAGCUGAUCUCACGGCCAAGUUUGAGUCCAUCGGUCUGUCACUGCACCGUAAAACUCCCAAGGCAAACACUAAAGAGAACACUCCAGAGGAGAAGGCGCUGCCACAGAAGAGAGAGCAGGAGAAAACACCUAAGAGCACCACACCACAGAGCACUGAUGGUGUCUCUGAGCCGGCUGUCUCAGACCAAAGCAACAAAAAGACAGAGGAAAAGACUGCGAAAGAGGCCGAUGAGGAUAUGCGUGCAGUUAGCAUCAAGUCAAGAAUCAGCCUCCUCCUCGACUCAUCCGCGUCUCCUGGGACAGGUGUCACAGGCCAAGGGCCAGAUCUUCACUCUCCAGGACAGCUGGUCCCUGAAACUGAACCAGCAGUGGGUGUCAAACAGCUCAUCAAGCAACUGACAGAGGACGCAGCACCAACUCAGAGCCCUGUUGUGAAACCACCACUGAAGCCCCGCCCCUUGCCCCUCGACCUGACGAAAAGGUUUUCAUCCGAGAGGUCGCCAGACCUUGGCGGUGUUUCCCUCAGUGAGGCGACAGAGCGCCAUGACAUCAGCAAAGAUCCUCAGAGGAGGACUGAAGAGUCAGCUAUCACCCCCAGUGACCAGAAGACUUUCGUGGAUUUAAAGGACUCCCAAGUGCAGCUCAGAAAGGCCUCCAUGCCUGAAGGGCCUGAGGUGGGACAGAAGUUUGGCGCCACAUCCAAGGAAAGUGGUCCCAGCAGUGAUGUUCAGACAGUGAGAGCAUCCUUGUUUGAAAAUGUUGUGGAGAGGCACAGUGUGCUGAUGGUGGAGGACGGCAAGCCUUUAAACAACGCUAACGAUUCGCUCAGCAGCUCGUCAUUUAAGACAGGAGCCGGUGAAGAUGAGGGAACUCUGGUCACUGCCACCUAUAAGGAACCCGUAUCGCCAUCGAGUCCUCUGCGGGUGUUGCACGCCUUUGACACGGUGCAGGCGGUGGAAGAGAGUCGGGCGGUGAGUGAGAACAUCCCAUCAGCUCAGCGGGAGGAUAAGGCCUUGACGCUACGCUCCAGGCGCUCAGAAGGGAGCAGGCCAGCGGCAGAGAGGACAGGUUCAGCACAAGGUGAGCCAGCCGGCGCUGCGACGCCAGAACUGCAGCCUCGAUAUCUGAGAGUCGGAGCUUUGCCUAAGUGGAACACUACAGGUCCCGAACAAGAGGCGAGUGAGCUCAAAGAAUCACAAAGGGAAGAACAAGUGGAUCAAGACAGAGGAAGGCAGAGAGAGGCAGAGCAGGAGGAAGUGGCUGCAGCCCCUAAACGUUUGAAAAUGCUGCAGGCAGAAGAACAGCCGAAACCCAGGGCAACCUACUUUGCUCUGACGGGACAGAUACAGGAGCCAGUUUCUCCUGUAAAUGUAGGACCAAGCAUAGGGGACAUGGCCGCGUCCUUUGAUGAUUUUUCUGUGAGGUCUGCAGCAGGGAGCUCUCAAGGGAAGGUCCUUCCAAUGAGGCGGAAUCCAUCAUUUGAAGAAGCUUUUGGAAAAACCUCUCAAGAUCCAUUUGAGGAGUUGAUGAUGAGGAGCCAGAUGUCACACAGGGACGGACAGGGACAGAUGGCAGAGGAAAUGAUGGAUGUUGAAAAGAAACGAGAACUUAAGAGGGAGACAGAAAGACACAUGGCAAAAAUAAAAGAGCUGGAGAGGGAGAAACAGAGACACCUGGAGAUGGAGAGAGAAGAAUUUGCACGGAUGAAGGAGAGGGAGAUGCAAAGAGAAUAUGAAAGGCAAAGACAGAAAGCAUUUGAGAAGGAGAAGCAGGAGUUUGAGGAGAAACAGCGCGCACUGGAACGGCAAAAACAGAUAGAGCUCGAAAAGCAGAGACUGCAAGAAUUGGAGAGAGAGAGACUUGAGAAAGAAAGGCAACGACAACUUGAGAAAGAGAGACGACAAGAACUGGAGAGACAAAGGAAGAUGGAAAGAGAGAAACAACGAGAGCAGGAAAGGGAGAGACAGCGUGAACAGGAGAGGCUAAGACAAAGGGAGGAAGAGCGGCAGAGAGAGCUGGACAAGGAAAGAAAGCUGCUGGAGAUCCAAAAAGAGAAACAGAAAAUGGAAGAGCUGGAGAGAAUGAAAGAGAUGGAGAGACAACAGCUCUUAGAGUUUCAGAAACAGAGGCAGAAAGAGAAGGAGAGGCAGCAGGUCCUGGAGCUGGAGAAGCAGAGACUGAGAGAGAAGAUGGAGAAAGAGGAGGCCGAGAAAAUAAAACAGAUGGCACUAGAGCAGGAAAUGUUGAGGAUAAGAGAAAUUGAAAAAGAGAGGGAAAGACAAAGGGAGAUGGAGAGGGAGCUUCAGAGAGAGGCUGAGAGGGAGAAGCAGAGAGAGCUGGAGAGACAGAGACAAAGAGAUUUAGAGAGGGAGAGACAGAGACAACUUGAUAUUGAGAGACAAGAACUGGAAAAGCAGAGGCUGAGACAGCGAGAACUGGAGAAGGAGAGGCAGAGGAAGGAGGAGUUGGAGAGAUUUAAAGAGAUGGAGAGGAUACAGCUCUUGGAGUUGGAAAAGCAAAAGCAGGCAGAGAGGGAGAGACAGCAAAUGAUUGAGCUUGAGAAGCGCAGACUGAGGGAGAGGAUGGAAAGGGAGGAGGCGGAGAGGAUGAGACAGAUAGCCAAACAGCAAGAGGCGGAGAGGCAACGGCUAAAAGAGAAGCAGAAGAAAGAAGAGCAGGAGAGAGCCAGGCUGGAGUCAGCAUCUCUCAGGCCUAAAGUGGUGGAUCUGGACUCCGUGCUCCGAAAUGACCCGUUUUCCAAGCCUACUUCUCAGCGCAGUGACCCUUCAACGCGGUGGAGGGAGCCAUCUCCGAGAGCAGAAGAGCCUUACAGACCUUCCAUUCUCGACAUAGACUCUUUCUCAUCUCAAUCCCAGCUCUCCCCCAGUAAAGACUUGUUUCCUGUUUCUGGUAUUCAGGGUGUAGACGCUGGGUUUGGCGCUAGACUACAGCCACCUGAUGUAGAUGUUAGCUGGAGGGUGCCGUCACAGACUUCAGGAGGUAUCACAAGCCCAGCAUGGACAAUGUCUCCUCAGGACCCGUGGGAGCUGUGGCCUGUUGAGAUGUCAGUGGACAAACCGAUGCCUGAACCCAAAAAACAGGCCACCAACAUCAGUCAAGAGCAGCUCCUCCUCAGGCAGGAGGAACGACACCCGGCUCCACAGAGGCACUGGCCUGUUGCGAUGAAUGAGACACAUCAGUUGGCUCCUCCUCACUGGUUAGAGGCUAAAAGUGGAGGCUCUCCAGGUGGAAUCUCCAGCAGCGCUUCUGCAGAGCAGAUAUGGCUCCCCAGAGAGCUGCAGCCUCAAGACAACAGUGGAGAGGUCCGUCACAGGAGAUCACAUGGAUCUCAGGAGUUGAACAGGAUGCGCUCUCGCAGCGUGUCACGUCGAUCAGCUCCUUCAAGCAGUGCGGUGGAGGGAAGCCUUUCCAGGAUGAGGAGUCGCAGCGCUCACAGAGAACAGGACCGCAACAGCUGGGUGCAGCAGAAGGAAAGUGUCAGUGGUGAGGAGGAGGGGAAGGACUCGGGAACGCCGGCCCGUGACACUGACAGUCAGUACGGGACCUGGGAGACGGGACUGCGCACCGAUGACAGCCUCACUCCUGCAACGCCCAGUUCAGAAAGCAAUCCCAGCCCCUCACCAAGGAAGCCCACUCCCCCACACACUCCGGAAGAUCACGCCUCACUGUUUGAUACUGACAUAGUGGACAGCUUCCCUCCCUCGUCCUCAUCGGAGAGCCAGCCACUUCCUUUCCCCGAUGCACAGAUCACGCUGUUAGACACCAGUGCUCUUCGCUCCAGAGCCCAGCUGGGGAAGAAGCGAGCUCCCCGGACACGGCCCUCCAGAGCUGCCCGUCAGAGUGCUCCGCUGUCAGAGGGAGAGGGAGGAACCGCUGACGACUGGCGCUUCAGAGACUCCACAGAGGCAAAGGUUGAGAGUAAAGACGAUGACUCGGACUCUGAGGAGCAGGCUAAAGGAGCUGACGCCAGCCCUGCUGUUUCCUCUCAGCCACAGAGGGUCGCUCUGUUUCCUGGGAUGGACCCUUCAGCUUUAAAGGCCCAGCUGAAGAAGAGAGGCGACUCUGACAAUCAAAUCGAUGGACCUACUUCCUCUCCUUCCCAGCUGUCUCGCUCUCCUAAGUCCCCGUUUCUUCCCAGAGCAGCACGUGUACUGCCCCCAGCUGGUGGGAAAGAGAAUGGUGAGGAGGACUCACCUCAGUGGUUGAAAGAGCUGAAGUCAAAGAAGCGCUUGAGUCAGUAUGAAAAUGAAAGCUAAGUAAAUAAUGAGGUUGCCUUAACAGAUGAAUCUAUAUGAAACAGAAGCCUUAACGUUCGACCCAGAGAGUAGGAGAGGUGAAUCUACAGCUGCUGAUGUAUUUUUUUUCUAUUUGUUUUUUUUUUGUUCUCUUCACGUCUGGGUUCAUAAAUGUGCAUGGUGCCUUUUUUUUUACGGAGAGUCUCUGUCUUAUGGAAAAAAGAAAAAAAACAAGCAAGGAGGGAAAAAAACAUCAGGCUGCUCUGCUUUAUCCAUUUAAUGCUUGAACCUGUCGAAGCUCUCCUGCACCAGGAAGCCCUUCCAUGAACACUUUAAUAGGGACCAGGAGAUGUUGAGAGGGAAAAGGGAGAAAAGGCGAUUAAUGAUACCUAUUUCCUGUCAGGCCGUAUUUCAGGAAAUGGUUAACUUGUGGGACCACGACGCCUCUUUAUCCUGGACGUGCUUCAUCGCAUGGAAGACGAUUCUCUUCAAGAUGUUCGUACUUAGCUUCCUUACUCGAUUAAUAUAUACGAGGUGGCCCUGUCUGCCGUGCCGGAUGUGUUAUUGGCCAGCGGAGCCCGUUGAUGGGAGUCACUCAAGCAUUGCCAUAGGAUGACAUUUCAGACACUUCUGAUUUUCCUUCCUAGAGAACAAAUCACUGCUGACUUGAUUGCCAGCUAGAGUGUAUAUCAUGUUAGUAACUGUAAUCAGGAGAUGUUAUAUUUGUAUUAAUCAUUGAUUUAAAAGAGACAGAGAGUUAGUUUUAAAAUGCAACACUACAAGUAGACUUUGUUACACUCCGCAACCCUGACAGUGUCACAGUUGCUGCAUACUGUAUAUAUGUUUUUGUCUGAGUAUCUUUUUGUCUUUGUGGAAGAGGGACGGGGGACUUUUGGCCAAGUGACUUUGCAUCUUGUCAAUCAUGCACACUCCUUAUCAGCACAAAUACACUCUUUUUUCUAAACACACCACUCAGUCUUCCCUCCUUAAACAGACUGAAUGACUGUAGCUGUAAGUAUUCAUUAUAUUCAUUAUAAGCCAUACUUAGUCCUCACACACUCCACCAUCAUGUUUUUUUUUCUCUCAACGAAUGUGCAAUUUCCCUCGAUUUUUGUCCCCCAUUAAUGUGCGUGCACAAUCUUUGCUGUCAAACCAGGCGUCGCUCAAACUGACUGGCUCAGAGUGUCGGGGUGUUGGCUCACACUAAUCCAGUGGAGAGAUGGUGUGAUCGCUACAUUGUUUAAACAACGCUACCCUCUCUUUCCCCCAAAAAAUUUAAAUAUUUGCACCCGCUUUCCAACUUUACUGUAAUCAUUCUCAUAUUUGCCAUCUACCCACUCACACUGCGCUCCUAUAAAGCACUUUGUCACUUGAUGCACUACAGCACUGACCUCUGACCCCCCUCUCGCUGGACACAUCUCUCGUAUUGUCGGAGUGCUCAUGCAAUGCAAUCUAAAGCGUCGAUCCGGUCUUCACAGUGAUUGUCCCUGGUUUCUAUGUACAUGACGUUUUACUUUGUCAUAAAAUUUGAGGGUUUAUUUUUUAUGUCCUUCUUUGUCCUUUUUUUAUUUGAAAGUAAAGAUGUAUAUUGCACUGUGUUGUACUGGCCAGUGUCCUAAAGUGAAUACAUUCUUAAUAAAAGUUACUUGACUUGA